CUUCCCUACACGAAUAAGAAUGACAAGUAAGAAAGGACACACCCCACACCGGAUUGAAUCAGAGAUCGAUAAGAACCGCGAGGAAGGUAACUGGAAAAAGGUUAUCGAAUUGGCCGAACAUUUAAAAGUCCAGUACCCCAGUAAUGAAUGUCUGGCGAAUUUCUUAUGCGGUGAGGGGAGGCUGGAGAGCUUCUUGGAACAAACUCCUCCGCUCAAUGACAACAUCGGAAAAGCUAGGAAUGGAUUGCAAGAAACGAGGAAGUUUCUAUUACUCGCAGCUAAUGAGAAAGACAAACAGGCUUUAGUCGUGUUAGACGCGCAUUUACUACUCGGGAAACUGCACUAUGCAAUGGGAAUGUACGAAGAGGCCCUCGAACAUUAUCAUCAGGCCGAGUUACACACUCUCACAGAGAAACCGUUGCCUUGUAGGAGUCUACGGAUUAUCGCGGAAUCGUACGCGAUCAAAGACACAGAGAAACAUUUAUCCUGCCGGAGACUGCGCAUUUUUGCCGAGUCCAAGGCGAUACAAGGUCUCUGCCUGGAGAAGUUACCUCCUAAAUCGAAGUCGAAAUACAAAAUAGCUGAAUGGCAAGAGCAGAUUAUUAAAUGCUACGAAAUCGCCGGUGAUCUGACUCUGGUUUAUCUACAAGAGCAAGACAAACUCGCGAUGCAACAUCAGAACGGAAACAGCAACAAUACAGGUACAUAUUCCUCUCAGUCCCCUCAGUUUUCUGCGAAACAUAUCGGGCCGAUUUUGGAAACCGCAUUACAAAGGGCGCCUAUACUCUACAUUCAAACCGGUAACAUUCAAGGUGCAAUAAAUCGUUACAGGGAGAUAUUGUCCGCCGUGGAGUCUACGACGACUCAGAGUCUCAGAGUAACUUUGACGAGACAAUUAGGCGAGGUUUUAGUCCGGGGCAUCAGCGGCGCCGAGUACAAAGCUCCGAACGCACCGACCGACACAGCAGAUUCCCCGUGGAAGCCGAAGAAAUAUCUAGGCCCUAACAUGUUCGUGCCGAGAAACGAAUACGAGGAGACGAUUUUACUUUUACUGAUAAGCGAAGCGAUGGCUGUGAGAGACGCGGUUCUCAGCCAGUCUCCGGAAUUUAAAGACGCGAGGAUACGCGCGUUCGAGAACGCGACCGCCGUUUAUGAUCUUCUCACUGUAGUCGUCGUCAGGUGGAGCCAAGUGGAUUUAUUGUACGAGUCGUUCGAAAGGGCGAUGAAGUUCUCUCACGACGAGGCGCACGUUUGGACCCAGUGUGCACUGUGUUUGAUUAGCAUGGGCAGAUACAUGCAUGCUUAUAGAGUUUUGAAAGUAGUGGCAAGAUUAUCGCCGCAGAAGGUGAUGCCUUGUCUCUUAGCCGCGAGACUUUGCUACGAACAGUUAAAUAUGAUAAAAGAGGGUAUCGAAUGGAGUCAGAAAGCUCUGCAAAGAGAAACGUCGAAUUCUCAAGGAUUGCAGUCGAGGUGUCAUCUUUAUAUCGGUAUCGGUCACAGCAUACUCGCUGCGAACACUAUAGUGAAAAUGGAUAAGACUUACCAUACGAAAACGGCUUUAGAAUGCUUCCAAAAGGCGCAGCAAUGCGAUCCGAACGACCAUCUGGCUGAGUAUUACUUGGCUCACGAAUAUGCGAUCAAUAGACAGAUCAACGAGGCGAUGGUCCACGUGAAAAUCGCACUGAACCUCCGAGCGGAACACAUUCCAUCCUUGCAUUUAUUAGUCCUGUUACUCUCAGCCCAUAAACAAUACUCGGAAGCGCUGCAUUUAAUUAAUAGCGUGUUGGAAGAGUAUCCAGAUAAUCUGAACUUCCUUUACGUGAAGGCUCACCUCGAAUUGCGAAGCGUCGGUGGCGAGCAAGCGCUGUUUACUAUAAGGCAUAUGUUCCUCUUAUGGAAGAAUCUGUACGAGGAUCAGACUAACGCUAAUUGCAACGAGCAGCACAGCGAGAGGCGCAGCGAAACCAGAAGCGUUUUUCAAUUGUACGCUUCUGAGAUGUCCGAUAAAGAUUCCAGCUCGCUGCAUGCUCAGUCGUUGGCUGCGUCGAGGGUGGAACAGGCUCUGUCGGAAGUCGCCUCUUCUCUCAGCUCCUUCACACCGAAACCCGGUCCGCAACGUGCCUGGUUGUUACAAUUACAAGUUUGGCUGUUACUCACCGAAGUGUAUUUGGUACUGGACCAACCGAACGGUGCCGUUCUAUCUUUGCUAGAAGCCACUAAUAUUUUCCCUCUGAGUCACCACAUUAUGUAUACGCGGGGUCUUCUUCAUGAAUACAAAUUGGAAUACAUGGAGGCGAAACAGUGCUAUCAGAACGCAGUAUCGAUCAAUCCGUCGCAUAUAAAAAGUUUACAACAUCUGGGUUUGAUUUAUCAUUAUUUGGGAAGCCAGAGGCUGGCCGAGAAGACUUUAAGGGACGCUGCGAAGAUCGACCCGAACUCCCAUCAAACAUGGUACAAUUUGGGGAAAGUGUUGGAGUCUUUGGGCGAAGUUGAACAGGCCAGCGAUUGCAUGGCCACGGCGCUGGAAGUAGAGACUACCAAUCCGAUAUUACCGAUCCUGUCGAUACCAGUAACGUUCGAAUAAUUCACGGAUAUCAAAGGUUUACAAAUACUAUUUAUUCGUUCGUUUGCCCCCACGUGGCAAUAGUACCUGCUUAUCUUUAAACUGUUGCAUUAGUGUACAAAUAAAUUAAUUCUUCGAGAACAAAGUUAGACGUAUAUUGCAGAUAAUUUAACGAUCAUUGUAAAAAAAAAAAGGAACUAAUAAAGAAAUAGCUAUAAGCGA